UCGGGUGGCCCGAGGUGGCAGGGCUGUUGGGUCGAAAGCAGCGCAGUGCGGCUCAGCCCGGCCCCGGGAUGGCGUCCCCGCGGGAAUUGACCCAGAACCCCCUGAAGAAGAUCUGGAUGCCGUACAGCAAUGGGCGGCCCGCUCUGCAUGCCUGCCCGCGCGGGGUUUGCAUGACCAACUGCCCCACACUCAUUGUCAUGGUGGGCCUGCCUGCCAGGGGCAAGACCUACAUCUCCAAGAAGCUGACCCGCUACCUGAACUGGAUCGGUGUGCCCACGCGGGAAUUCAACGUUGGCCAGUAUCGCCGGGACAUGGUCAAGACAUAUAAAUCUUUUGAGUUUUUCCUCCCGGACAAUGAAGAAGGCCUAAAAAUCAGGAAGCAGUGUGCCCUGGCAGCCCUUUGUGACGUCCGUCGGUUCCUUAGUGAGGAGGGGGGACAUGUGGCGGUUUUCGAUGCAACAAAUACCACCAGGGAACGGAGAGAGACCAUCUUUAAUUUUGGAGAACAGAAUGGCUACAAGACCUUUUUUGUUGAGUCCGUCUGUGUGGAUCCUGAGGUCAUAGCCGCCAACAUUGUCCAAGUAAAACUGGGCAGCCCUGACUACAUUGACUGUGACAGUGACGAGGCCACAGAGGAUUUCAUGCGGCGCAUCGAGUGCUAUCAGAACUCGUAUGAGUCGCUGGAUGAGGACCUGGACAGGGAUCUCUCCUACAUCAAGAUCAUGGACGUGGGGCAGAGCUACGUGGUGAACCGGGUGGCUGACCACAUCCAGAGCCGCAUCGUGUAUUACCUCAUGAACAUCCACGUCACGCCCCGCUGUAUCUACCUCUGCCGGCACGGGGAGAGUGAGCUCAACCUCAAGGGCCGGAUUGGUGGGGACACAGGACUGUCCCCCCGGGGCAGGGAGUUUGCCAAGAGUCUGGCCCAGUUCAUCAGUGACCAGAACAUCAAGGACCUGAAGGUCUGGACGAGCCAAAUGAAGAGGACGAUCCAGACAGCCGAGGCGCUGGGUGUGCCCUACGAGCAGUGGAAGGUUCUCAACGAGAUAGACGCGGGCGUCUGUGAGGAAAUGACCUAUGAGGAAAUUCAAGAUCAUUAUCCGCUGGAGUUUGCCCUGCGGGACCAGGACAAGUACCGGUACCGGUACCCCAAGGGGGAGUCUUACGAGGACCUGGUCCAGCGACUGGAGCCCGUCAUUAUGGAGCUGGAGCGGCAGGAGAACGUGUUGGUCAUCUGCCACCAGGCUGUGAUGCGCUGCCUCCUGGCCUACUUUCUUGACAAGACAGCAGAACAGCUGCCCUACCUCAAAUGUCCACUGCACACGGUCCUGAAGCUGACCCCCAUGGCUUAUGGUUGUAAGAUGGAGUCCAUAUUCCUGAAUGUGGCCGCUGUGAACACACACCGGGAUCGGCCUCAGAAUGUAGACAUCUCAAGGCCACCAGAGGAAGCCCUCGUCACAGUCCCUGCUCACCAGUGACCAUGUCUUGUCCACUGCGACUCCUGGGCAGGUGUUGAUCUCUGCAGACCGGGUCAUUCCAGCCCCCCCCCACCGGUCGCAUUGGUCACCACGCAGGAGUGCCCUCAGUGCCGCACGGGGCUGGUGGCACCCCAGCCCGCCUGCCUCCUUGUUGACUGUGAUGGGGCUGUACAGGGUGCCUGACCUGCUGCUAAGAACCACGCCACCAGACCAUGGCAGCCGCGGGCUGGUGAGAGGUUUCCCAGUGCCUGGUCCUGUUGCAUCUUGAAGGUGUCCUCUCUCACCGGCUCAGGUUGGCUUUGUGAAGUGUGAAACCCUAAAAUGUGAAAUGGAAGGUGCUUGUUGUGAUGUUUCCACUGGGGCCAAGCUGCUUGGGGUGGACUGGCAACCCCUGCAGGGCUCUGCUGUCCUCUCGGCAGCCACUUCCCAAGCCAGAGGUGAGGUCUUCAUGGGAUCCUGAGCUGCUGCCUCGAGUGAGAUGGAGAGCCCCUUCCCAUCCUUCCGCUCCAGGAACUGCAGGGCUUCAGCCAAGGCAGACGCCUCCAGGGACUGCCGUGACCAGGCCCCUGUGUCCAUGUCAUCGGUGUUUGUGGGCAUUCAUGAAAGCAGCGUGUGCACUUCAUCACGUGGCAGUGCACAGAAACGCACAGGGGGCAGGCAUUUGUGACCGCCCCUUCCCAAGUCUGCAUGCACUGAAAUAUUUGGGGGCGCUGGUAGCCAAGGCCGCUCCUUCCCAACUGCUCUUGUGGUGGAGCCACAUAAAGAUGGGGCAUCUGUUUAUGCGUUACCCUUCCUGGUGCACACACCCAAGUGCUCAAGGGAGGGCUGCCGUCUGAUCUCCCCUUCCCGGGUGGUGCUCACACAGCAGCAGGGAGGCGGCAGCCCCUGGCAUGUUGCUAACUGUGUCUACCCUGGAAUGGGCACUGGUGGCAGAAAUAAACAUUUGCUGUGAAUUAUUCA